UGUUGGGCCACAGCUCCAGUAUUAGCCUGGUUGCCCCAGCUCCUGCCUGGUGGUCCCCAACUUUGGCCUGGUGGGAGGUGGCUCCUGUAGUGGCUCCCUGACUCCACCAUCACCUUCUCCGAGAUGACGUGGCCUCCAGCUGUGACUACCACAUCUGCCUUCUCCCUUGGCACGUGUCCCCACCUGCCAAUUGACUUCAGGUCGAUGAACUUCACCGGUUGCCACCCAUUUGCCACCUCCAGCUCCUGGUGGCCACCACCUGGCGGUGUCCCUGCUCCCCAACUCAACGGACAACUCCAGCUUCUCCCGGCGAGUUUCCUGGGGUCUUCCCACCAAACGGCGGGGAACCCCUCAUCCUUGGGGGUUCCUUUGCCAACCUCCUUGGGUGCUUGCCCACCCCAGAGGGCGUGUGUGGCCACCAGAGGCUGGUCCCGUGGUGGCCACGCGUUCCCGGCUGGCAUCGCCGCGCUGAGCAAACAGGAAACACUUUGUUAAUCCCGGCCCCGACUGCGCCCUCAAUAUUCAUCUGCUGCUGCCUGGGGGGAGGCCGAGCCGGCCCCCGGGGGUGGCUACUAGCCCUCGGGGACGUUUUGGGAGCCCACAGAGGUGCCCAUCAUCCGCCACCGUGGCUCCAACACCCUCAAUUUUGACUUCCACCACCCUGGCACGGUUGAGAGUGGCCUGGUAGCCCCCCAAAACUCAGCCAACGCGUGGUACCAAACCAAGGUGAUGAAGGCCACCAGCGCCUCGGCACCCACUAGCCCCCUUCUUGGCCGGGGGGCCACCUCUGCCUGGUGUCCCCGGCCACCCGGGGGCUGGUCGGCCACCUGGACCAAGGACAGCAAGAGGAGGGAGAGGCGUUGGGUGAAGUACGAUGGCAUCGGGCCGGUGGAUGAGACGGGGAUGCCCAUCGCCUCCCGCUCGAGCGUUGACCAGCCCCGGGACUGGUACCGCAGCAUGUUCCGGCAGAUCCACCGCAAGCUGCCGGAGCCGGACUGGGACACCCAUUGCUGCCCCACGGACAACCUCAGCCCCUCGCCCACCCCGUCCCCCCCAGAGCCGUGGAGGCAAGGGCUGUCACCCUCUGUGCCCCCCAGUAUGCCCAACGGGCUGGACUGGUGA